GGAACAGGUCUCGGCCAAUCAGAAGCCAGGCUUGAGCCUCUCGCCCACCUCCCGCCGGCGGAAGAGACUCUCCGCGGCCACGCCCCGUGCCCUCGAGAGCGACCCAAUCGUUGCUCGGCGCCCGAAGGGGCAGUACCCGCGCGAGCCAUUGAACAUGGCGGAGGACGCUUCCUCAGCGGCCCCAAGCCCGCGGGGCUGCGCGGAUGGUAGGGAUGCCGACACUACCGAGGAGCAGAUGGCAGAAACGGAGACAAACGACGAGGAGCAGUUCGAGUGUCAGGAACUACUCGAGUGCCAGGUGCAAGUGGGGGCUCCCGAGGAGGAGGAGGAGGAGGACGAGGGCCUGGUGACCGAGGCCGAGGCCGUGGCUGCCGGCUGGAUGCUUGAUUUCCUCUGCCUCUCUCUUUGCCGAGCAUUCCGCGACGGCCGGUCAGAGGACUUCCGCCGGACCCGCAACAGCGCCGAGGCUAUUAUUCAUGGACUAUCCAGUCUAACAGCUUACCAGUUGAGAACGAUAUACAUAUGUCAGUUUUUGACAAGAAUUGCAGCAGGAAAAACCCUUGAUGCACAGUUUGAAAAUGAUGAACGAAUUACACCCUUGGAAUCAGCCCUGAUGAUUUGGGGUUCAAUUGAAAAGGAACAUGACAAACUUCACGAAGAAAUACAGAAUUUAAUUAAAAUUCAGGCUAUAGCUGUUUGUAUGGAAAAUGGCAACUUUAAAGAAGCAGAAGAAGUCUUUGAAAGGAUAUUUGGUGAUCCAAAUUCUUAUAUGCCUUUCAAAAGCAAAUUGCUUAUGAUAAUCUCUCAGAAAGAUACAUUUCAUUCCUUUUUUCAACACUUCAGCUACAACCACAUGAUGGAGAAAAUUAAGAGUUAUGUGAAUUAUGUGCUAAGUGAAAAAUCGUCAACCUUUCUAAUGAAGGCAGCAGCAAAAGUAGUAGAAAGUAAAAGAACAAGAACAAUAACUUCUCAAGAUAAACCUAAUGGUAAUGAUGUUGAAAUGGAAACUGAAGCUAAUUUGGAUACAAGAAAAAGUGUUAGUGACAAACAGUCUGCGGUAACUGAAUCCUCAGAGGGUACAGUAUCCUUAUUGAGGUCUCACAAGAAUCUUUUCUUAUCUAAGUUGCAACAUGGAACCCAGCAACAAGACUUUAAUAAUAAGAAAGAAAGAAGAAUAGGAACUCUUCAAAGUACAAAAAAGAAAAAAGAAAGCAGAAGAGCCACUGAAAGCAGAAUACCUGUUUCAAAGAGUCAACCGGUAACUCCUGAAAAACAUCGAGCUAGAAAAAAACAGGCAUGGCUUUGGGAAGAAGACAAGAAUUUGAGAUCUGGCGUGAGAAAAUAUGGAGAAGGAAACUGGUCUAAAAUACUACUGCAUUAUAAAUUCAACAACCGGACAAGUGUCAUGUUAAAAGACAGAUGGAGGACCAUGAAGAAACUAAAACUGAUUUGCUCAGACAGCGAAGACUGAUUGUGUUUGUAAAAGCUUGAUGAAAGGACAGUUAAGUAUUUUGAUCACUGCAUUUUGUUUGAAACUUGUGUCAUUUAUGUAUUUUAAAACUUU